GGUUGAAUAAACAAAGACCUGUUCUCUUAUCUUGUGUUUAUCUUCUUCUUUAUAACUGAAUUAUAUUCAUCAUUAGCAGUACAAAGCCACGUCGCUUUGUCCUUAGAUUCAUCCGUAAUACACGUGGCAUUUUAUUCGAUAAAAAAGAAGUCUUUCUCGAGUCGAAUGUUUGAUACGAGCUCAAGAACCCAGAUUGUCACGAUUGCCAGAGCACCUCUACCCAAAACAUCGCUUAUUAUACGCCAAUAUCUCGAUUCUCACUCAAGUCUGAAAUACUGCAGCUAAGCGCACCAUUGUUCAUUUUAUUUUAAUAACACAAUACUGCAAUAUGGAGUAUAGAAAGCUGCUUGUUGCUGGCUUCAUGCUGAUAUGCCUGGCGAUCCCCGUGCUCAGUGACGACGAUGUAGAGAUUGAAGUUGAAGAUGAGGAAGAAGUUGAAGAGUUUGAAGGACGUCGUGAUCAGAUGCCUCCUCCUGAGAUCGAAUGGGAGAAUAUCAAGGCUGUAACGAAGUGUAGGAAGAGAUUGACAGACGAUGACACGGCUGGUAUUCACUUUGUUGGAAAACUUGCCUCUGACGGAUCCAUCUUUUAUGACAGUCGUGAAGACAACGUGAAAGAUGAGUGGCAAUCGUUCCCGAUGGGUGUCGGUGAGAGCAUCAAGGGUCUCGAACUCGGGAUCUUGGGAAUGUGUAAAGAUGAGAUCAGGAAAGUCGUCGUCGAACCCGAGAUGGUAAAAAACGGACGACACCUUUUCGAUCCCAACGACGGAAAGAUCCCGCGUGGACAGAAAUUAAUCUUCGAGGUCGAGUUGAUGCAGAUGGGUCCAAACUACAUCAAGGGAUUACCAAACAUGUUCAAGGUUUAUGAUACCGACAAGGAUAACUUACUCUCUCAUGGCGAGAUCAAGGAAUACCUGAUUAAGGACGGUACCUUUGGACCAGACGGACCCCUCGUCAGUAAACUAGCUAAAGAAGUCAUUGAUAAAGACGAUCGUGAUAAGGACGGGUCCCUUACUUGGAAAGAGUUCUCAGGACCAAAACACGACGAGCUCUAGGACUUUAGGCUUAGAUCUACAAUUUCAAAGUUUUCAUAUUUUUUCUUGUCAUCCAAAUUGAAAUUUUGUCGUGAAAGAGAGGACGGUACUUAGGCAAUUAAGCGCAUACGAUGGCGAUAUGAUAUGAGUUGAUUUCAACAUUAAUUGACAAUAAUGAUGAAGAAAGUUAAAGUUAUAGUGCUCAGUUUAGUAUUAGUGGUAGAAGCGUAUUUAGAAACAAGCUGUCUAGAAACUAUUUCAAGUUGUAGAGUUAAAUCUGAACCCGAAGGACAACAUUGAAAUGUGGCAAUUUCUAGGUCCAAAGGGUGAAUUACUCUUUAAUAAACAUGACUUGUAUACCCCGGUACUUCUAAUAGAGAGUAUCAUGAGCAAUUCUGUUUCAUUGCUUUCAUAAUGUUUUGGCUACAGUCUACGAGACCGACAUUUCCGGUCUAGCGUGCCCUCUGAGGGUUCACCAUACCGACGAUCUACGAGACCGAUAUUUUUCUAUCUUCCCUCAUUCAAUCAGAAAAUGCAUUUCUUUAUCUGGUUUGCCAGUCUCGUGGGCUGUCGGUCUAUUGGGAUGACCCUCGACCGAUACCUUAUGAGACCGAAAUGUUGGUCUCGUGGGCUUUUUGAACACUUUUCUUAGGGUUUCGAGAAUUUUGUCGGUCUACUUGUAUGCCCCGAUAUUCUUCCACUUCAAAAUGAAAGUACAAAUCUUUUCAACCUUCACCAUGCAUCCUUCUCAAACUCGGGUUCCCACCUUGCAAAAAUUACCAGGGGUAAAUCUCCUGUUCUUAUGGGGAUAUUGUUUGUUUCCUCCUUAUUCCUGUAACUAUUGAUACCAUUGCACAUUCUUUUCGUGUUUUUUGCGUUUGGUUGUUCCAGACUGCAAGUUCUUAUUUUCUUUAUUGCUUACUAAUUGAUACCCAAAAGCUCGUUAAAAAAUCCUUGGUACCCAAAAGCUCAUACCAGAUUAAGGACUAUUGAUGAUAUUUUAACAUUUAUAAAUCAUUGUAAUCUUUAUCUGCCUAAAAAUGUUCUUGAUAAUGCAGGAGUACUCUCAUUUCGUUAUUCUUUUUCUCUUCUUGUACCGUAUGUAGUAUAUUACAAUGCCCUAAUAAGGAGCCUGACACUUGAGCACUAUUAUUACCAUUACUAUAAAGGAUUGUCGUUUGAUUGAUAAAAUAAUAAUCAUAUUACAAUUCCCUUCCUUCAAACGUUUCAUGACCAAUGUGUCCAAAAAUAAUUUUAUCUUAUCAUUUGAUUCCUUAUUAUUCACAGAAAUCAUAACAUUUCAAAUGGCUCUAUUUUGUAUAACUUCAGUGUCCCAAUCCAUUCAUAUCUGGUAGCAGAGCUAUAUAGCUAUAUAGCGCCCUCUUAACACGGCUGUUAUUUUCAUGGGGGUUGUUGAGUCAUAGAUCAGAUAAAA